AAAGCCGCGUCCCGAACAGAGCCAGAUACAGGGCUCGUGCGUGGAGAGAACGACGCCCCAGGGGAUGGCGGCCGCGUCCCGGAGAGCCUCUGGCUGGGCACUACUGCUGCUGGUGGCACUUUGGCAGCAGCGCGCGGCCGGCUCCGGCGUCUUCCAGCUGCAGCUGCAGGAGUUCGCCAACGAGCGCGGCGUACUGGCCAGUGGGCAGCCGUGCGAGCCCGGCUGCCGGACUUUCUUCCGUGUCUGCCUUAAGCACUUCCAGGCGGUCGUUUCGCCCGGGCCCUGCACCUUCGGCAGCGUCUCCACCCCGGUAUUGGGCACCAACUCCUUCGCCAUCCGGGACGACAGCAGCGGCGGGGGCCGCAACCCUCUCCAACUGCCCUUCAAUUUCACCUGGCCGGGUACCUUCUCACUCAUCAUUGAAGCUUGGCACGCGCCUGGAGACGACCUACGACCAGAGGCCUUGCCACCGGAUGCCCUCAUCAGCAAGAUUACCAUCCAGGGCUCCCUACCUGUGGGUCAGAAUUGGUUACUGGAUGAACAAACCAGCACCCUCACGAGGCUGCGCUACUCUUACCGGGUCAUCUGCAGUGACAACUAUUAUGGAGACAGCUGCUCACGCCUGUGCAAAAAGCGCAAUGACCACUUCGGCCACUACGUGUGCCAGCCAGAUGGCAGCCUGUCCUGCCUGCCCGGUUGGACUGGGGAGUACUGUGAACAGCCUAUCUGUCUUUCUGGUUGUCAUGAACAGAAUGGCUAUUGCAGCAAGCCAGCAGAGUGCCUCUGCCGCCCAGGUUGGCAGGGCCGCCUAUGCAACGAAUGUAUCCCCCACAAUGGCUGUCGCCAUGGCACCUGCAGCACCCCCUGGCAAUGUACCUGUGAUGAGGGCUGGGGAGGCCUGUUCUGUGACCAAGAUCUCAACUAUUGCACCCACCACUCCCCAUGCAAGAACGGAGCAACGUGCUCCAACAGUGGGCAGCGGAGCUACACCUGCACCUGUCGCCCAGGCUACACUGGCGUGGACUGUGAGCUGAAGCUCAGCGAGUGUGACAGCAAUCCCUGUCGCAAUGGGGGCAGCUGUAAGGACCAGGAAGAAGGCUACCACUGCCUGUGUCCCCCAGGCUACUACGGCCUGCACUGUGAACAUAGCACCUUGAGCUGCGCCGACUCCCCCUGCUUCAAUGGGGGCUCCUGCCGGGAGCGCAGCCAGGGGGCCAGCUAUGCCUGCGAAUGUCCCCCCAACUUCACUGGCUCCAACUGUGAGAAGAAAGUGGACAGGUGCACCAGCAACCCAUGUGCCAAUGGGGGCCAGUGCCUGAACCGAGGUCCUAGCCGCAUGUGCCGCUGCCGCCCGGGAUUCACAGGUACCCACUGUGAACUCCACAUCAGUGACUGUGCCCGCAGCCCUUGUGCCCAUGGCGGCACUUGCCAUGACCUGGAGAAUGGGCUCGUGUGCACCUGCCCUGCUGGCUUCUCUGGCCGGCGCUGCGAGGUGCGGACACCCAGCGAUGCCUGUGCCUCAGGGCCCUGCUUCAACGGGGCCACCUGCUACGCAGGCCUCUCCCCAGACAACUUCGUGUGCAACUGUCCCUAUGGCUUUGUAGGCAGCCGCUGCGAGUUCCCCGUGGGCUUGCCGCCCAGCUUCCCCUGGGUGGCUGUCUCCCUGGGCGUAGGGCUAGUGGUGGUGCUGGUGUUGCUGGGCAUGGUGGCAGUGGCUGUGCGGCAGCUGCGGCUUCGGCGGCCAGAUGACAGCAGCAGAGAGGCCAUGAACAACUUGUCAGACUUCCAGAAGGACAACCUGAUCCCUGCUGCCCAGCUCAAGAACACAAACCAGAAGAAGGAGCUGGAAGUGGACUGUGGCCUGGACAAGUCCAACUGUGGCAAACAGCAAAACCACACAUUGGACUAUAAUCUGGCCCCUGGGCCCCUGGGGCGGGGGACCAUGCCAGGGAAGUAUUCUCACAGUGACAAGAGCUUAGGAGAGAAGGCGCCACUGCGGUUACUCAGUGAAAAGCCAGAGUGUCGGAUAUCAGCGAUAUGCUCCCCCAGGGACUCCAUGUACCAGUCCGUGUGUUUGAUAUCAGAAGAGAGGAACGAAUGUGUCAUUGCCACGGAGGUAUAAGGCAGGAGCCCACCCGGGACUUCCCAGCUUUGGCCCUGCAGCUGGACCUUCCUUCUGCAUUGUUUACAUUGCAUCCUGGAUGGGACGUUUUAAAUAUGCAACGUGCUGCUCUCAGGAGGAGGAGGGAAUGGCAUGAACUGGACAGACUGUGAACUUGCCAAGAGAUGCAAUAGUCUUCCACACCCUUGGGUGUCUGUCUGACAUCGGAUUGGCAGCUACACCAGCCAGGGGAACAGAGGAGAGGAGAGGUGCCAGUUGGACCUGCCCUGCCAGCAAUGGCCUUCAGAAGGCUCCUUCUGGGGCUCUGGUCUGUUUUCCAGAGAGAGUAGCAGUGGCCUCCAGGGGCCUGGAGCUGCUGUGGCCUCCACUGGCAUCUGUGUUUCCAAAAGUGCCUUGGCCCAGGCUCCGUGGCGCCAGCUGGGCCCAAAUCAGAAAUGAGAGCAUGGCCAAUAAGGGCAAGGCCUCCUGUGGGCCGGUAAACCACUGGGUGCGGCUCUUGGCAGGGGCUGCCCUGCAAGGUGAAGUGAGUGCUAGAAGGGAGAGGAGCACUUUCUGCCCCAGCAUCCUUCUACUGCAUGUGGGCCUUGCUUGGAACACUGCUCAGCCUCUCUCCCUGGCCUAGGCCCUCUGGGCAAGAAUGUUGGUAAGCUCCCAUGCCCCUCUGGCCCCGGGUGCCUCUCGGCUCCUGUGAGCACAAAGGCAGAGGGGCCUGCCCCUUCUGCCAACCAGGGGCGCCAGGCCUAACUGGGGAGCUCAGGGCAGUUAUGUUGGAAAUUCUGAUAAGAGAGAAAAUGGGUGCUGCUGCCACCUGGGCCCUUUCGUCCCUCAAACCCAUUCCUAUGACCUAGAGCCUGGGCUCUGCCCAUGCCCACUACUGCCCCAAGACCACCCUCAAAGCCGAUCUUCAGAAAUCAAUAAUAUGAGUUUUUAUUUUGUUUGUUUUUUUGUAGUUUAUUUUGGAGUCUAGUAUUUUGAUAAUUUAAGAAUC